AUGAACGAAGAAGAACUAAGAGAAUACUUAAUUGAAAAAGUUAAUAUAAACGAUGAAUAUAAACUAAAUUAUUUGAUGGAUAGGAUUAAUAGUGAAGAGAUACAGGAUUAUUUAGAACCAGAACAUAUAGAACACAUUAAUUCAUUAACACAAGAAAAAGAAGAUUUUAUGUUCAAAUUACAAUUUAAUAGAUUUAAUUUAAUAGAAAAGAAAGAUGUAAAAAAUAGCUGGUCAAAUGACUUUAGAGAGUAUAAAUUUAGUGAAAUUAAUAUUAAAAAGAUAUUUAAAAUCAUAAGAGAUAACAAGGUAACUUUGUUAAGAGGAAGCACAGGGUGUGGAAAAUCAACAACAAUACCAUUAAAAUUAAUGAGUGAGUAUAAAAAAAUUGUUUGUACUCAGCCCAGAAAAAUUUCAACUAUUAACUUAGCAAAAAGAGUGUCAGUUUUAAAUAAGACAAAUUUAGGUUAUGAAGUGGGAUAUGCAGUAAGAUUUGAGAAAAAAAUAACUAACAAAACUAAAUUAAAGUAUGUAACAGAUGGUUUAUUUAUAAGAGAAAUAGUUAAUUCUAAUUCUAAUUUAAAUGUGAUUAAUUCAUAUGACUUGAUAAUAAUUGAUGAAGCACAUGAAAGAUCAGUUAAUAUAGAUUUGUUAUUAGGAUUUAUAAAUACAAAUAUAAAAAGAAUUAAAAGUAAAGUGUUAAUUAUGAGUGCAACAUUAGAAUCAAUUAAGCUAGUUAAUUAUUUUAAAUGUCCAUUAAUAACAAUAAAAACUCAAAAAUUUGAAGUUGAAGAACAUUAUUUAGAUGAACCAGUAAAUGAUAACUAUCAAAUGACAAUUGAUACUAUUUUAGAUAUUUUACCCAAAUAUAAAAAUGGAAAUAUACUAGUGUUUAUGUCUGGAGCCAAUGAAAUAAAUAAAGCAGUAGAUGAGUGUAAUUCUUAUUUAGAAGGAUCUAAUAUAAAAGUAUUUCCUUUAUAUGGAAAUUUAGAUUUUAAAAAUCAAAGAGAAAUAAUCGAAAAUAAAAACAGAAAGGUAAUAUUAGCAACAAAUAUAGCGGAAACAGCUUUGACAAUUAAUAACAUAAGAUUUGUAAUAGAUUGUGGAUAUGUUAAGUCUUUGUCAGUAGAAAGUGAAACAUCAAUAUCAUCACUUGAUAGAAUAAGAAUAUCAAAAAGUCAAGCAAUACAAAGGAAAGGAAGGGCAGGAAGAACAUGUAAUGGACAUGUAUUUAGAAUGUAUACAAGAGAUGAAUACAAUUCAUUUGAGUGUAGUCCAGAACCAGAAAUAUUUAAAGUAGAUUUAGUUCCAUUCAUAUUGACAUGUUCUUCACUAGGUAUAGUUGACGUAAUGAAUUAUAAGUGGGUUGAUGUUCCAAAGGAAAAUGCUGUUCAAAAAGCAUACGAUUAUUUACUUACAUUGAAAGUAAUAGACAAAACAGGUAAGAUUACAGCAUAUGGUAGAAAGAUUAUGAAAGUACCAUUACCAGUACAGCUAAGCAUGUCAUUAAUUCACUCUUAUGAAAAUAAUUGUUUUAAAAGCGUAGCAAUAAUAGCAGCAUUUCUAGAAAGUCUUCCAAUAUUUGUGUCUUUUAAAUUAUUUAAUGAUGAAGAACAAGCAAAGAAAAAGAUUUAUGAGAAAUUUGAUACCAGUGGAGGUAAUUUUUACUUUUAUUUGGAUUUGUGGCAGUCGUGGGUUGAUAAUGAUUUUAAUAUAAAAUUUUUAGAAGAAAAUUAUCUGAGAGUGUCAUCAUUUAAUAAGAUAAAGAACAUUUAUGAUCAGUUAUUGAAAAUACCAAUAUUUAAAAACUAUAAACUAGUUAGAGAUGUUAAUGUGAGUGGAUCAAUAGAAGAGUCUUUUACUUAUGGAUACUUUUUUAAUACAGCAGUGUUAACAGGCAGUAAGUAUAUCACACCUUAUGAAAAUAAUGAGUGUUUUAUUUCAUCGAAAGAUUUAUUAGUUAAAGUAAAACCAAAUUACUUAAUUUUCAAUUUAAUGAUUAGACAGAAUAAGAUUUAUAUAGUUGAUUGUUUAGAAAUUGAGAUUGAUGAUUUGAUGAAAGUUUUUAAGAAGUUUAAUUAA